UGCGCCGCACUCAGUGCGCGGUGUGACGAUAAAGAAUAUUACCGAUCGACUCUUUGAUCUACACUGUGCCACUGUAGGAACGAAAAGUCCCUAAAGCCGGCCAGGAAGCUUUCAUCCUCUGUGGCAUGAUGGCUACAGGGGAAGACAAGAUGAUGCCUGGCCCCCCACCACCUGUACCAGGUUACCCACAGCAGAACCAGGUCCAGGACAACAUGCAAAUGAUUCAGAAGGCAAUGAAUCAGAUGGAAGAAAAAGGGAUGCAAGAAGAUCCAAGAUAUGCAACGCUGAUGGCGAUGGCUGACAGGGCCAGAUCUGGGAUGCACCCACCAGGAAUGCCUAGUAGUAUGCCCCAGGGAAUGCCAGGCGGGCCACAACACCAUGGUAUGCAGGGCCCUCGAUCACAAAACCAGGGUCAGAGGAUGGCUACCUCCCCUUCACCAGGCAUGGGAGGUCAUCAAGGAAUGCCAGGCUCCUCUCACAGCAUGCCUGGUGGGCCACCAGGAAUGUCUGGUGGCCCAGGCAUGAUGCCUGGCGGUCCACAAGGCAUGCACUCUGGUCAGCAAGGUAUGCCAGGCCCAGGGGGUCAGAAUAUGGGCGGAGGCCAGCCACAUAGGAUGGGAAGCAUGGGACCAAACCAAGGUAUGCCCAAUGGGUCUAUGGGAAUGUCUGGUUCUAGUAUGCCUAACCCUGCGCUGGGAGGACCAAAUAUGACAGCACCUCCAAGUGGUCCACCAAACAUGAAUUUACCUCAAAACAUGCCAAAUAGCUCCAGCAGUGCAGGACCAAAUGUCAGUCAGCCAUCCGGUCUACACAUGUCUGGUGGGCCUAAUAUGGGUGGAUACAACAUGGCAAACCAGGGAGGACAAGGGAUGCCCAGUAGCACUGGGGGAUCUCCUGGUAUGGGUGCACCAGAUAUGAAUGGACCAAUACCAGGAAAUAGUACUGGGAUGGGAAACCAUGGUAGUUCUGGAGGACCAAUGGGUCAUUCUAUGCCAAUGGAGGACAUGAGGGCAAUGAGUCAUGGUAACGGCCAUUCAUCACAGGGUCCACCUAAUCCCAGGAUGGACCAAGACCAAAAUCAGCAAGGCCAGCAGAACAUGCCACCAAACCAGAGCAGUGGUCCAUCCCGAUACAACUUCUCAACCCCCCAGCUUACUCAACUCAGGGGACAGAUCAUGGCCUACAAACUGCUUGCACGAAACCAGAGCAUUCCAGAUAAUGUACGAAUGGCUAUUGAUGGAAAACGUCAGUUCGGGAGCGGAUCAAGACCAAUGACUGAUUCUAACCAACAACAAAGAAUGCCUCAGCAACCUCCACAGCCUCACAUGCCUCCACAGAAUAUGCAUUACCAAGGUGGGCCACCCCAGGGACAACCUGGUCAGCCUGCCCAGCCAGCCUCACAGCCCCGCCCUCAGUCUCAGCAAACACCACCUUCAGCUGUCCAGUCGAUGCUUUCCAUGCAGCAGAAGCAGAGUCGGAUUGCGCCUGUUGCAAAACCCCAGGGGCUGGACCCUUUGGAGAUUCUCAAUGAAAGAGAAAACAGAAUUUCAUCCAGAAUAUCAUCAAGAAUAAAAGAGCUUGAAUAUCUACCAGGAAUAAUGGAGGAAGAUAUGAAAAUCAAAGCCAUGAUUGAGUUUAGAGCUCUGAGAUUACUCAAUUUCCAACGACAGUUGAGGUCAGAGGUUGUAGCCUAUAUGAGAAAAGACACAACGUUGGAGACAGCACUGAACACAAAAGCCUAUAAGAGGAGCAAGAGGCAGUCACUGAGGGAGGCACGGGUUACAGAAAAGCUGGAGAAGCAGCAGAAACUGGAGCAUGAAAAACGACGCAGGCAGAAACAUCAGGAAUAUCUAAAUGCUGUGCUACAGCAUGCCAAAGACUUUAAAGAAUUCCACCGCAAUGUGACUGCCAAGAUAAGCAAACUGAACAAAGCAGUGAUGGUGCACCAUGCUAAUACAGAAAGGGAACAGAAGAAGGAACAAGAGCGACUCGAGAAAGAGCGAAUGAGGAGACUCAUGGCUGAAGAUGAAGAAGGUUACAGGAAACUCAUUGAUCAAAAGAAAGACAAGCGUCUUGCCUACCUCCUUCACCAGACUGACGAAUACAUCACAAACCUCAUGUCUUUGUUAUCGGAUCAUAAAGAGGAUAUAAGAAAAAAGAAACAAGCAAGGAAGAAGAAAAAGAAGAAGGAAACAAGUGAUAAUCCUGAUAAUGCUGAUGAGAGUUCUAACAUGAGUGAACCAAGAAUAUCUGUGAUAGAAACCAAUACUGGUAAAGUUCUGAGUGGGGAAGAUGCUCCAAUGUCCAGUCAGCUUGAAUCCUGGUUAGAGAUGCAUCCCGGAUAUGAGGUAGCCCCAAGAGAAGAUGGGGAAGAAGAUGAUGAUGAAGAGGACGAAGAAGAGCCGGAAGAAAUAUUACCACCUCCUCGACCAGCCCUCAACAGACCUCAGAUACAGUCAGUGGAUGACUUGGCUGAACACGAAGCAACAGAAAUUAUCAAAACGGCAGAACAACGUCUGGACGACGACGAAUACCAUAACCAGGUGGAGAUGAGGAAUUACUAUAAUGUAGCUCACUCGAUCCAUGAGGAUGUGAUGGAACAAGCCAGCAUCAUGAUAAAUGGAACACUGAAAAAUUACCAGGUCAAAGGAUUGGAGUGGAUGGUGUCUUUAUAUAACAACAACUUGAAUGGUAUCCUGGCCGAUGAAAUGGGUCUGGGCAAGACCAUCCAAACCAUUGGCUUGAUCACCUAUCUUAUGGAGUCCAAGAAGAUUAAUGGGCCAUUCCUGAUCAUUGUGCCACUCUCAACGCUGUCCAACUGGCUUUUGGAAAUAGAAAAAUGGGCUCCCUCUGUCAUCACUGUAUCAUACAAAGGUUCUCCACUCACUCGAAAAGCCCUAUCACCACAACUCAAGAUGGGCAAGUUCAACGUGCUGCUAACCACAUACGAAUACAUCAUCAAGGACAAGUCUGUGUUAGCAAAGAUACGAUGGAAGUACAUGAUCAUUGAUGAAGGACAUCGUAUGAAGAACCACCAUUGUAAACUGACACAGGUGCUAAACACCCACUACAUUGCUCCCCACCGUCUCUUAUUGACUGGCACACCUCUACAGAACAAACUUCCAGAGUUGUGGGCCCUGCUUAACUUCCUGUUGCCAAGUAUCUUCAAGUCCUGCACUACAUUUGAGCAAUGGUUUAAUGCACCUUUUGCUAUGACUGGAGAAAAGGUUGAGUUAAACCAGGAAGAAACCCUCCUUAUCAUCCGACGUUUACACAAAGUGCUGCGUCCAUUCUUGCUUCGUCGUCUGAAGAAAGAGGUUGAAUCUCAGCUACCUGACAAGGUUGAGUAUGUGAUCAAAUGUGAGAUGUCAGCACUCCAACGUGUUGUAUACAGACACAUGGCGUCCAGAGGCAUUUUGUUGACUGAUGGGUCAGAAAAGGACAAAAAGGGCAAAGGAGGUGCAAAGACAAUGAUGAAUACUAUCAUGCAGUUGAGAAAGAUCUGCAAUCAUCCCUUCAUGUUCCCACAUUUAGAGGAGGCUUUUGCAGAACAACUAGGCCUGUCAACCAAUGUUGUGCAAGGGGCAGAGUUGUACCGAGCUGCCGGGAAGUUUGAGCUGCUGGACAGGAUGUUCCCAAAACUGAAGGCUUCAGGCCAUCGAGUGCUGCUCUUCUGUCAGAUGACCUCUCUCAUGAGCAUCAUGGAGGACUACUUUGUCUACAAAGGUUACCGAUACCUUCGUCUCGAUGGUACGACUAAGGCAGACGACAGAGGCCAGCUCCUAAGUGUGUUCAAUUGUCCCGACUCCCCCUACUUUGUUUUCUUACUGAGUACAAGGGCUGGAGGGCUGGGCUUGAACCUCCAGGCUGCUGAUACUGUUAUCAUAUACGACUCUGACUGGAAUCCUCAUCAGGACUUGCAAGCUCAAGACAGAGCUCACAGAAUCGGUCAGCAGAAUGAAGUACGUGUGCUGCGUCUUAUGACCGUGAACAGUGUGGAGGAGAGGAUCCUGGCUGCUGCACGAUAUAAGUUAAAUGUGGACGAGAAGGUCAUCCAGGCUGGUAUGUUUGACAACAAGUCAACAGGAACAGAGAGACGCCAAUUUUUAACAACACUGCUCUUGCAAGAGAAUGAUGAAGCUGAGGAGGAAGAUGAGGUACCUGAUGAUGAAACAAUCAAUCAGAUGUUGGCGAGAACUGAGGAUGAAUUUGAUCAAUAUCAGAAAAUGGAUAUAGAGAGAAGACGAGAGGAAGCUAGAAAUCCCAAUAGAAAACCCCGACUCAUGGAACAGGAUGAACUGCCAGCCUGGAUAGUCAAGGAUGAAGCUGAGGUUGAGAGACUGACCUUUGAAGAUGAAGAAGACAAGAUAUUUGGGCGCGGAGAAAGACAAAGGAAGGAAGUGGACUACACCGACUCUCUCACAGAGAAACAAUGGCUCAAGGCUAUAGAAGAUGGUAACUUAGAGGAGGUUGAGGAGCAGGUGAAGAGAGUUCCACCAGUCCCGGAGAAGGAGAAGAAGAAAACUAAGAAACGAAAGAUGAUGGUGGUGGAGGACGAUGAUGACAAGAAACCGAAGAAAAAGAGAGGACGACCACCAGUUGAAAAGCUGCCCCCAAACCCACCCAAACUCACAAAGAUGAUGAAGAAACUUCUUGAUGUCAUCAUUCAUUACAAAGACAAUGAUGGAAGAGUCUUGAGUGAUGCCUUCUUUCAGCUGCCAUCCAAAAAAGAACUACCAGAAUACUACGAGAUCAUAAUCAAACCAGUUGACUUUAAAAAGAUAAAGGCACGUAUCAGGGACCACAAAUACAGGAGUAUUGAUGACCUUGAAUCUGAAGUUCUUACCCUGUGUGAAAAUGCACAGUCCUACAACAUUGAGGGAUCACUGAUCUAUGAGGAUUCAAUUGUGCUCCAGUCCGUGUUUACCAAUGCAAGAGAGAGACUGGAAAAGGAUGGAUUUAAUGUUUCUUCUGAUGAAAGUGCCAGCAGUGAGGCAGAUGAUGAUGAUGAUAAUGGAGACGAUGAUGACGAAGAAGUGGUAAAAGUUCAGAAAGUGAAGUUAAAGGAAUCAAGGAAGGAGAAGUCAGGUAGUGCUAGGAAACAACGCAAAUCUAGAGGAAAGUCACGGCCCGUAAUCAGUGAUGAUGAUGACGAUGCAGAGGAUGAGGUUCUUGAUGAAAGAAUAAAUUUACUCUAAUAGGACCAAUCAGAAGAAGAGACUGCCCCAAGUUCACGCAGUUCAUCAAGAGUUUCCUCACCUGCUCCCGGUCGCAGACAACGCUAGGAUGCUGAAGAUUCGGGAAUCAUUAAAGAUGUAUAAAAUCACAAAUUAUGUUACAUUUGAACUUUAGUGUAAUAUCAGACUUGGUCAAUUUUGGGACCUGUCUUUAAACUACACAAAUCUUUGCAUGCUGGAUUUCAUUUGCAUAAAAAUAAGUAUUUUUCUGAUGAAUUCAUUUUGAGAAUGAGACAUCUAAAGGUGUUAAAGAAGAAAUAGACAUUGUUAUAAUUUCAUGGGAAAAAAAUCUGUAGUUAGGAAUCUCACUUUAUUUUUCUUUCACUUAACUAUUUGUUGUUUAAAUUGAAUAUUAGGGCGUACAUUUGUAAAAUAUACAUUAAUUUAAUGCUUGUUUAAAAAUGUCAUUUAAAUGAAUGUUAGUUUGCAUGUGAUAGAACAAACAGUUUUCUUUAAUGAAGAAAUGAUCAUAGAACCAUUACUUAAGUUCUUUUCAAACAUACCUUGGUGUGUGUUUGAAUCCAGAAGUUCAGUAAUCAAAGUUACAGCUAAAAUUUAGUUGGUAAAACAAAUUUGUAGAAAAACUUCAAAAGCUGACAUAGAUUUUAAGCCUACUUACAUUUUUUUUAUAUGACUUUUCCAGUGUAUCUUAUUAUUCUGGAGAAAUUCUAGAUUCAUUCAUUGUUCAAAAACAUACUAUACCAAACAUUAAACUUAAUCAUUUCAUUAAUACUAUCAUAGUGUCAAAAUAACAUGUUGUGCUUUCAUAUUCAUCACAAAAUUGUAAGUUGUGAAUACAUCAUGUUUAUUGUGUUGUUCAAGAAUUGUAUUUUUUUCUGAUUCAUGUGGAUCUAGUUGUACAGCAUGUUAUAUGGAGUCCUUGUUGUCAUUGCAUUUAUAGGUGUGUUCAUAAAGGAUCUUUGUAGAACGAUGAAAUGGAACGGUGCAAUCACAACCAAAUACACUUUACAUUGAUGUGUAUAUCCCUGUGUAAUAAAAUUUCACAGAAAGAUU